AUGGGCGCGUUCCGCGGGUUCGUUCAUGGGUUGGUAGGAUCCGCGCGUGAGCUGCUGCGGGAGGUAUUAUAUAUAUCCCCAACCGCCACCACCACCAGCACCACCAGCACCACCACCAGCAACACCAGUAAUAGCAACACCACCACUGAUUUCCCACCCAUCCCAUGGUCCGGAUUGUACGACGACCCCACGCAGGGCCAGAAGGGGUGGUGUUUUUUACAGGACACCCGCACGCGGUGGCCAGUAGAUGGGAAACAGUGGUUGAUCCAGCGGCUGCGUAGCGAGCCCGCCAUGCAGCGCCAGUUCAUGCGCCACGGCCAGAUGCAGGCCCAGCUAGUGGCGCAGUAUUUAGCCCGCGUGGCCCGGUUCAAGGAGAAGCUGGUAGUGGCCAUCCACAUCAUAGGUGGCCAGCCCGCGCGGGCGCCCGAGCUGUUGAGCAUCCAGCACGUCAACACGCAGGCCAGCCGCCACCGCAAUAUAUUCAUCGAGGACGGCAUGGUGACGGCGGUGACGGCGUACCACAAGGGGUUCCACGCGAGUAAUGACAUCAAGCUGAUCCACCGGUACGUGCCGCGGGCGGUAGGGGAGUUGAUCGUGUGGUACAUGUGGUUGGUGUUGCCGUUCACGGAGCAGUUGACCGCGUGGCAGGCAGCGCAGCAGCAGCAGCAGCAGCUAGUAACCCAGCCAGCAGGCGGGGGAUUAGGGUUAGGGUUUAAUAGGGGUAGGGAUGAUGCCCAAGCUCGCGCGCCCAGGGUAGGGUUAGCCCACCCAUCCAGCCAACCCGCAGGCGCCACCACAGCAGCAUCAGGGUUAGGGUUAGGGUUAGCCAGCCCGUAUUUAUGGGGCCCUAAUGCGGGCACGCAGCGCGCGUGGACGUCCAACCAGUUCCGCGAGGUAUUGAAGCGCGAGACACAGGCGCGGUUAGGCCAGGCAUUGAACAUCCCCGCGUACCGGGAUAUUACCAUUGGGAUCAGCCGGCGGUUCAUGCGCGGGGCCAGCGCGUUCAGAAGCGACGCCCACGACAAGAAGGAGCAGCCAGCCGCGGCGGAGUUAUUCAAUGCCGACCACGAGGAGGGGAUGGACGCGGAGCAGUGGAUGGCGCACAUCGCGGAUUUACAGGCGGCGCAUUCGUCGCACGUGGCCAGCAUGGUGUACGCGCGGCAGAUCAUGGAGCAGGCGGGCACGACCAGCCACCGGCGGGCCAUGUUCCGGCAGUCCAGCGUGGAGUGGCAUGAGUUUUUAGGGUUUAGCCAGGAUGAUGGUAGUCACGAUGGUAGUCGUGAUGGUCAGGCCCAGCCCGCAGGCAACGGGGCCCGCGCCCCAAGCGGUUCGCAAGCAGUUAGGGUUAGCCGCAGCCAGGGCCAUGGCCAGGACGAUAGUAGUCGCGAUGGUGGGCAGCCCGCAGGCAACGGGGCCCGCGCCCCAAGCGGUUUGCAAGCAGUUAGGGUUCGCCGCAGCCAGGGCCAUGGCCAGGAUGAUGGUAGUCGCGAUGAUGGGCAGCCCGCGGGCAGCAGGGCCCGCGCCCCAAGUGGUUUACAACCAUGGUUGGUCCCCACGGACAAGGCAGCUGGCGCCACAGGCUAUUUACAACCAUGGUUGCAAACCCCGCGCGCGCCCAGCCCGGACCAGCACCAUCCCACCUAACACUAUUCUGGGCCAGUACCUGGGGGAGGUACAGCGCAAAAUAAAGUCUUGGCAGAGGGGGAGGUACAGAGUUGAACUGUGUACCUCCCC